GGUCGCUGUUUCCUCAGUGAGCAGCAGAUUGUCUGUGAGGCUUUCCGGUUCCUCUCAGAUCAGCUGACUCUGAUGCUGCUGUCAGGAGACCUCACCAACUCUAUUGAAUGGCAACUAUGAAAAUGAUCAAGCCAUAGAAACGCUAUUAACAGAUUGUUCCACUAUUAACAGCCACAUUUUGUAUUCACAGUUUCCUCUAGCUGCUCCAGUGCUGUAACCAUGACAGAGUUUUGGUUGAUCUCUGCACCGGGAGAGAAGACCUGCCAGCAAACAUGGGACCAAAUGAUGGCAGCCACCACACAUAACAACAACCUCUCCACCAACCACAAGUUCAACAUCCCAGACCUCAAGGUGGGGACCCUAGAUGUCUUGGUUGGGCUGUCGGAUGAACUCGCCAAAUUUGACUCCUUUGUUGAAAGUGUGGUGAAGAAGGUUGCUCAGUACAUGGCCGACGUGCUGGAAGACAGUCGAGACAAAGUUCAGGAGAACCUGCUGGCCAACGGAGUUGAUCUUGUCACCUAUAUCACAAGAUUUCAAUGGGAUAUGGCAAAAUACCCCAUCAAACAGUCACUUAAAAACAUCUCUGAAAUCAUCACAAAGCAAGUAACCCAGAUUGACAAUGACUUGAAGUCCAGAGCAUCAGCUUAUAACAACCUGAAGGGAAACCUGCAGAACUUAGAAAGAAAGAAUGCGGGGAGCCUGCUGACCAGGAGCCUGGCUGACAUCGUCAAGAAGGAAGACUUUGUACUCGACUCAGAGUACCUCAUCACUCUGAUCGUAGUUGUGCCAAAGACGGCAUACGCUGACUGGCAGAAAACUUAUGAAACACUGGCUGAGAUGGUGGUUCCUCGAUCCACACAUCUGCUGUUUGAAGACAAUGACAGUGGACUGUUCAGUGUCACUCUAUUUAUGAAAGCCAUUGAUGACUUCAAACACAAAGCCAGAGAGAACAAGUUCACAGUGAGAGAAUUCCAGUACAACGAAGAGGAGAUGAAGGCAGACAAAGAGGAGAUGACACGGCUCUCCACGGAUAAGAAGAAGCAGUUUGGCCCACUUGUCCGAUGGCUCAAAGUGAACUUCAGUGAAGCCUUCAUCGCAUGGAUUCACAUCAAAGCACUUAGGGUCUUUGUGGAAUCUGUUUUAAGAUAUGGGCUGCCGGUGAACUUUCAGGCCAUGCUCCUGCAGCCAAGCAAGAAGACCAUGAAGAGACUGAGGGAGGUGCUCAACGACCUGUACAAACACCUGGACAGCAGCGCAGCAGCCAUCAUUGAUUCUGUGAUGGACAUCCCAGGCCUCGACCUGAGCCAGCAGGAGUAUUACCCUUACGUCUACUACAAGAUCAAUUGCAACGUGUUGGACUUUAAGAUGUAACACUUACCCCAUUUUGUUUUUAUGUUGAGUGUUGAAUAAGUUGGCUCUUUUCCUCCCUCCCCCCCCCUCACUGUUGCCUCUCCUCAUCAGCUGCAUGUUCAUUCCUUCUGGUGAAAAGGCUUCUACCACUUUUGCAACCAAAAAUACAGAAAAACACUUUUAAUUAUUGUGCUUGUUUACAGUUUAUUUUUCUUCUACACAUAUUUUUUCAUGUCAAAUGAAUAAUGCAAUCAUAUUGGAAAGUUGUAUAUUUACUGUGUCAUUCCACACUGGUGUGUAUUGAUAGCUGCGUCUUCUGUAUCGGUGAUUAGUGUUUACAUAAUGGUGCAAUGCUGUCACUGUACCCAUGGCGUCCAGAUCUGGUGUGUGUUUCUGAGAUUGUGGGGUCAGACAUUGUGUAACAAAGAUGUGACAUGAAUGUGUUCUUGUCUCAUGUUGUGGAUAUUUGCUGUUAAAUAAGAUCCGUAUCAGAGUAUUGUGUAAGCCAUUGAUUUAAUAAAUAUGAUUGAUGAAUAAAUCAUAUCAAAUGUG